AUGGCUGCAGAACAGCCAGAUACUAGGGUGAAGAAGCCGGUGGUGUGCUUUCUGGGGCCCAUUGCCUCGUAUAGUCACCAGGCGACGCUGCAGACCUUUCCCCCCGAUCAGUAUGAGCUCGUGCCAGUCGUCACGAUACAAGAUGUCUUUGACGCCACACAGUCCGGAAACGCAGAGUACGGUGUCGCCCCAUUUGAGAACUCGACCAACGGCUCGGUCGUCUUCACCCUUGAUCACUUUGCCGACAGGUCCAAUGUCUAUCCAGACAUAUCUGUCUGUGGCGAGAUAUAUCAGGACGUCCACCAUUGCCUAGUAGGUCAUAUCGCCAGCCCUGCUCAAACGCCAGCCAACAGUCUGCCCGUGCCCAAGGCGGCGGCGGCGGCGGCGAUGGCGACGAGUUCUGUGCCGGCUUCGGGCCAAUGCACACCAACCCAGGAGCAGCCAAAUCCGGAGCAGCCGCGAGUGAGGCCGCUUCAUCCUCUCUCCCACAUCCAGCGUAUCUACAGCCAUCCGCAAGCGUUUGGACAAUGUACGCGCUUUCUGAACGCAUAUCUGCGCGGCAUCGAGACCAUCGACUGCAGCUCGACCAGCCGUGCUGCCGAGCUCGCGCGGGAUGACACCACGGGCACCAGCGCCGCCAUCAGCAGUGCCGUCGCCGCCCAGCUCACGGGGACUGACGUCCUCGCGGCAAACAUUGAGGAUCGCGAGGACAACACCACGAGGUUCUUUGUCCUGACUAAGCACGCUGAGCAGCGGCAGGACGCUGGUGACGAUUCGCCCUCGGCGCCAUCGACAGUGUCCUUGCCAGUUCAACACCACGACGAGGGUACCAACACGACCCGCCUCCCAGCCACAAAGUCGCUCGUCUCCUUUACCGUGCCGCACCGCUCACCAGGUGCUCUCGCGGGAGUGCUCGACUGCUUCCGCACGGGCGGGCUGAAUCUGACGAGCAUCAACUCGCGACCUAGCCAGGUCGAGCCAUUCCAGUACAUAUUCUUCGUCGAGUUCGAAGGCCACAGGUUCAGGGAUCCGGAGGGUCGGGUGCGGGUUGUACUGGAGAGCGUGGCAAAAGUCGCUCAGGGGUCGAGAUGGCUCGGGAGCUGGACUGCGAAGAGAUGA